AUGUCACCCACAACACGCAACAGAUCAGCUGCUCUCCAACUAGGUAUUACAUCAGAUACUACCACUACUGCAGCAUCCCCAAAACGCAAGACAACCGGCUACCGGGCAGGCACUAAGCCCAAAGCCGCUAAUGCUGCAGCCCUAACAGUAGCUUCUGAAGCAAUUGAUGUUCGCCCUACUGCCGAGGAAAUUGAGCAGAAGAAGCAGCAAAUAAUGGAGGAAGAAGAAGUUCAAGAAGAAAAGAAAAGAAAGCAGCAAGACAAGAAAAACGACAACAAAAGAAGAAACAAGUUGCGUGAUGAGGCCUACCAGAUAGUCAACGAUUUUAAAGAUGAUCAGGAGAACAUCUGGCAAGCUUUGUUGGCAGCAAUCAAUGAUUUUAAAUUGAAGCGCACCAAGAGUAAGAAGCCUCCCAUUUCCGAGAUGCAGAUCUUUCGAAUGUGCUUUGCAUUUUACACGCUUCGCUUUCGCCACCAAACGGAGCUAAACAUGAGCAACUACAACAAGCGCUAUCUUGGAAUGAACUUCUGCGACAAGGUUGGAGACUGGUUGCUCAUCUUUAAAAAGGUUGAUGCUGCUCUGAUUGAGCAAAACCCUCCUGAGGAGACCAUGUUAUUGUAUAUAGCAAUAAGAGGACAAAAUGAUCGUUCUUGGAGACCUUGUUUUCUUUACUUCACUGCUUUCAUAUUUUCUUUUUUUUUAAUGAAUUUGAAAUCAAGAGAAGGAUCAAGUUCUGUUUUCGACAUUGGAAGGUACGGCCAGCCAGGAGCAAGUUGCUGA